AUGCUCGUCACACAGAAAAAGCGCCUAACGCUCUUGAUUUCGAUUGUCUUAGUCUUCGUGACUAUUUCCGUGGUGCUGGCAGGAGGCUGGAUAAAGCUGCCGCAUCGCUUGCAGUCAAGUGGUCUCUGGCCUCAUCGGUCCCCAAUCGACGAUAAGCCGUUCAGCAAUGAGAAACCAGGCGUACCAGAAUCUCACAUCGAACUCUUCUCGGCGUCAAACAAGAAGGGCAGAUAUUUCGAAAUCUCAUUCGGAGGUGAGGAAGCGUUGAAUCCAAGCAUUAUUCCGCAUCCAGUCUCCAAAGACGUCUGGAUAAUCACGGCUCAAAAGUCCAAGCACACGAGCGAGAACUCGGUUUGGUUUGCUGAAAUUGUUUGCAAUGCAAAGUUCAACCGCAAAGGCAUCCUCAGUUGCAUCGAUACUCCUACCAAUCUCCCUGUCGCUGCAACCGACGGGGACAACUGUGAGGGCCCCUUUGCUUUGAUGAGUCUAAAUGUCGGCCCUCACGAUGCUAGGGCAUUCUAUGGGCCACGACGCCCAUACUUGGUCUACGGCUCAAAUUCUGGGUACACAUGUUUUGGACAAUGGAUUCAAGACUUCAGAAUGCUUAUGGACUGGGAAGGUCCAUCUAUGGGGGACAUAGACUUUAAAUUCGGCACAGAGCUUCAGAGGCCAGCACCUUUCAAUGCACUCGAAAAGAAUUUUUUCGUCUUCUGGGACAAGAAUGGAGACAUAUACGUCCAUCACGAUAUGGCACCAACUCGAGCGUUUGCCCGUCUGCACUCUGACGGGUCAGUCGGACCAGAUCUUGCGCCAUUGGCUCUGCAAAACGACAACAAAUGUGUGGCAGAGUAUCUCCCAAGUAUUGCACCACACCUGGAGUCUAUCCACCAAGCGACUAAUUCGCUUUCAAUUACACUGUGUGCAAGAUCUGAUCCUUCGUGCGAGCCCGACGACUCCAACACUUUCAUCCUGACCAUUAUCCAACACAAAACCUUUUACGCUUUUCACAGCGUGUAUGAACCAUACCCUGUGCUUUUCCACCGCACUGCUCCGUUCCACAUUUUUGCCAUCUCUCGGAAACCAUUGUGGUACCAUGGACGGGCAAAGCAGGGAGAGGCCAGGAACCCAAACCUCAAAGGGAGUGCAUCAGGCCAUGCACAGCCGUGGAACCAGACGGAGAUGAUGUACACCACAUCCAUCGCCUGGAAAACUCACGGCCAGAAAUAUCACGGGUACAUAGAUGACCAGGUCUUCAUCGGUUUCGGUAUUGAGGAUAAAGGGACAGGCGGAAUUGAUGUCCCAGCGAGUGCUCUGCUCUCCGACUAUGGUCUUUGUUCUGUGCUAUAA